GUUAAUUACCUGGGAGUUUGAUUCACACUCGCUUUCUUCGGCUUUUCACAUUGCGAUCUCGUCCUCCAUUAGAGCGCACACACAAUUUGGACUGUGCAGCAGCUACUUUAGAGAGAGAGAGAGAGAGAGAGAGAGAGAGAGAGAGAGAGAGAGAGAGAGAGGAAAAUGGCAGUGAAGCCUAGGGUUUUGAAAGCAGCUCUGGGGCUGAUGGCAGUUUGCCUGGCAGCGUACAUAGUGGGACCCCCUCUGUAUUGGCACUUGAUGGAAGGUUUGGCCUCCGCUUCCGCCUCAGCCUCGUGCCCUUUGUGCAAUUGUGAUUGCGAUUCUGUUCCCCUUCUCUCAAUUCCCCAAGGGCUGAAUAAUGCUUCCUUUGCUGAUUGUGCAAAGCACGAUCCAGACGUGAGCGAGGACACACAGAAGAACUUUGCAGAGCUACUCUCCGAGGAAUUAAAACUGCGAGAAGCUGAAGCUUUAGAACACCAGCAGCGCGCUGACAUGGCACUCCUCGAGGCCAAGAAGGUGACAUCACAAUACCAGAAAGAGGCAGACAAGUGCAAUUCCGGUAUGGAGACAUGCGAGGAGGCAAGAGAAAAAUCCGAAGCAGCUUUAUCUGCACAGAGACAGAUGACAGCUGUGUGGGAGCAGAGGGCUCGUCAAAGAGGUUGGAGGGAAGGAAAUGCCAGGUCACAAUCCUAGUCGAAACAAAUCAUAUAUAUACAUAUCUAUAUAGUUCUUUCCAAUUGAUGCGUUCGGCUCUCGAUGCUCUCGUUUGAAGGGCAUCACUAAAUUCCGAGUAUCGGGUGUUAUAUUAGCUGAAAGCGGAACAUCCGAUAUCUGAAGAAGAUGAUGAUGAUCCAGUCUUGUUAUUGUAGAGGUAACAUUUUCCACAUUUAUUAUUAUUAUUAUUGUUUGUUGGAAUUUCAUUUGGUAAGAGAAGUCGAGGUUUCCGUUUCGGGAGAAUCUUGUGUACUCAUAUUUAUAAUGGUAUUAGUUCUUUGUUCAAUCAAAUGGCAAGACCUGAAUGCAUUUUUUUGCACUUAGUUGUUUAAUGCCGUCUUCGUUAGGUUCGGAUUCUUUACGCAAAUUUUAGUGGUUCAUACGUUUUCUUGUUUUGGCUCACUUUUAAAUCCCAUGUAAUAUAAAGAUUUGUUAGGGUUUUUUACACAAGUUAUAGACAUAAGAAAACAAGAGAGAAUUUACUGCA